CAUCUACUCGUCUAACUCUUGUUCUCACACUUGAGUGCCUCAUUUGGUCCUGGCAGCAGCUUUCACCAUGACAACCUUUGACUUCUCUGAUGUAGAGGCGUUUUUGGACUGCCACCCAGAUCUCUUCGAGGAGUAUCUCGUUCGGAAGGCGAAAUGUGAUCAGGUUAGCAGGUGGUUGAAGGAGCAUCAGCCGCCGAAAGUGUCAACAGCGGAGGAGAGGCGCGGCGCUGCGAGGGACCAGCUCUGGCCGACCACCCCGGACGGGCUCCGACGCAGAUCGUCCCACAUGGAGCUGCGACGCAACUUCGCCCGGUCCAAAGCCACGACUGCACACCGGACCUACGACGAGCAUGUGAGCCUCAGCGAACAAGAGUCCCAGUCCAGCAUGAGGCGCCGUGCGCUCCUGCGUAAAGCCAGCUCCCUGCCUCCGACCACCGCGCACAUCCUGAGCGCCCUGUUGGAGUCCAGGGUCAACGUGCCCCAGUACGCGUCCAGUGCCAUCGAAUACAAAUACAGACUAAAAGAAACCAACGAGAGAGAGUUUUUCUUGGAGUUAGUGAAGGAUAUCUCCAAUGAUUUGGACCUGACAAAUCUGAGUUAUAAGAUCUUGAUCAACGUGUGUAUCCUGGUGGACGCAGACAGGUGCUCGCUUUUCCUUGUUGAGGGACCCGCGCAUAAGAGGACACUGGUGUCCAAAUUCUUUGAUGUCCACUCAGGUACCACAGUCAGACCGUCCUCCAGCACUCUAAACUACAAUGAAGUGCAGGUGCCAUGGGGAAAGGGUAUCAUUGGAUAUGUGGCAGAACAUGGAGAGACUGUAAACAUCUCAAACGCAUAUGAGGACCACCGCUUCAGUGAUGAGAUAGACAAGUUAACAGGCUACAAGACUCAGUCCAUCCUGUGUAUGGCCAUCUGCAACAGUGAUGGAGAAGUCAUAGGUGUUGUGCAAGCAAUCAACAAAAAUCCCAUGGGCACUCCCUUCACUGAGGAUGAUGAGAAGGUGCUGCAGAUGUAUCUACCAUUCUGUGGAAUAUCGAUUUCCAAUGCCAAGUUGUUUUCUGAGUCUCGCAAGGAGUAUGAAAGGAGUAGGGCUCUUCUGGAGGUGGUCAAUGACCUGUUUGAGGAGCAGACUGACCUGGAGAAGAUUGUCAGGAAGAUCAUGCAGCGAGCGCUGACCCUGCUGCAGUGUGAACGCUGCUCUGUGCUUCUCCUUGAGGACAUUGACUCACCGGUUGUGAAGUUCUCCAAGACAUUUGAGCUGAUGUCUCCAUUGUGCAACAUGGACCAUGACAACAGCAUGGAGAAGCUUUCAUGUUCUGAUUGGCUGAUCAAUAAUAGCAUUGCUGAGCUGGUGGCCUCCACAGGACUGCCUGUUAACAUCAGCGAUGUGUGUCAGGACCCGCGCUUUGAUGCUGAGGCGGAUCAGGCUUCAGGAUUUCACAUCAGAUCAGUGUUAUGUGUCCCUAUCUGGAAUCGAACUCAUCAGAUUAUCGGAGUCGCACAAAUUCUGAAUCGUCUGGACAGGAAGACCUUCAGUGAUGCAGAUCAGAGACUGUUUGAGGCAUUUGUGAUAUUCUGCGGACUUGGAAUCAACAACACUAUGAUGUACAAUCAAGUUAAGAAGACGUGGGCCAAACAGUCUGUCGCUCUGGAUAUGUUGUCCUACCACGCUACCUGCUCGAAGGUAGAAGUUGACAGACUCAAGGCAGCUAAGAUCCCCCUGAGCAGUGAGUUAGGCAUCAUUGAGUUUCACUUCAAUGACUUUUCUUUGGACAAUGACGCCAUGAUCACUGCAUCACUCCGGAUGUUUCUGGAACUUGGUGUCGUCCAAAAGUUUAAAAUCGACUAUGAGGUGUUGUGUCGCUGGCUUCUGACUGUGAGGAAGAACUAUCGAACUGUGGCGUAUCAUAACUGGAGGCAUGCCUUCAAUGUGUCCCAGUGCAUGUUUGUUAUGAUCACAACAGCCAGCUUUCAGGAUGUUUUAUCGGAUGCAGAGAUUCUGGCACUGAUGGUUGGCUGUCUGUGCCAUGACUUGGACCAUCGAGGCACCAACAACGCAUUUCAAGCAAAGACGGGUUCUGCUCUGGCUUUGCUCUACGGGACGUCAGCCACUCUGGAACAUCAUCACUUCAAUCAUGCAGUCAUGAUCCUACAAAGUGAGGGUCACAAUAUCUUUGCAAACCUCUGCUCUAAAGAGUAUAGCAACAUGAUGCACUUAUUGAAGCAGGCUAUUCUCUCCACAGACCUUACUUUGCACUUUGAGCGCAGAGCCAAGUUCUUUGAGUGUGUUCUUUCCGGAGAAUUCAGCUGGACAGAUGAAGGACACAGAGAAGUUCUCAGGUCUAUGCUGAUGACAGCGUGCGAUCUGGGUGCCGUCACUCGUCCUUGGAAGAUAUCCAAACAGGUUGCAGAGCUGGUGACGAGUGAAUUCUUUGAACAAGGUGACAGGGAGAGGUCUGAGCUUAAGUUGACCCCAGCGGCCAUAUUUGACCGCAAUCGCAAAGAUGAAUUACCUGCCUUACAGUUGGAGUGGAUAGAUGGGAUCUGUAAACCCCUUUACCAGGCACUGCUGAAGCUAAACAGGAAGUUGCAGCCAAUGAUCGAUGAGAUCGAUGCCAAUCGCAAGAAGUGGCAGGAGCUCUGCUCAUCUUAUCAGCAGACAUGCAGAGCCUCAGUGCCCAAUCAGAGUAUCGAACCAAGUCAGAAUCCUGAGUCCCAUGAAAACCCAGAGUCCAGAGUGAACAAAGAUGCCUGUGAUGAUAAAGCAGCAUCAGCUGGCAACCUAACAUCUGGACUAAGGAAGUAAAGCAAAUUAAAUGUUAAGAAAACAUUUAUGUGUCAAAUGACUCACAUGGGAUUCUUCUUCCCAUACCCUGUGAUUUUCUAACACAUGCUUUACCCUAAAAUGAUUUUAAAAAAUCUGGGUAAAUGAAAUGCAGUUUUCAUCUGCUGAGCUGCUUCUCCCAAGUGUCACUGUGUGAAACUCAGGAGUGGGACUAAACUCUAUUUAAAGGGCAGUUUCCGCUUUCUUUCUUUCUUUCUGUCUUUCUUUCUUUCUCUUUCUGAAAUCUAUGGAAAUGAUACUGUUGAAACCAAAGAGGGCCGCUUAUUAUUAAUGUUUUGUGACGGGAACUGCCUCAAAAACACAAACCCAUUGGAAUGCCUUCACAUAACAAAAAGGACUCACUGUGAUUUCUCUCUGUCACUUAAAUUGCUAUCCUGAAUGUAGACUGGAGCAUGAUCUUGUUCCUGAAUGUUACUUUCUGAUAGGCUGUCUUACCUCAUGUGCAAAUCCUGACUGCAUGGCAUUAUCUUCAGUGGUUGUAGGUUAAUUGAGCCUUUGGCUGUCAACUUGUUCUGUUCUGUGAAUCGCAUGUAUGUAUCAUAUCAGCGAUGUACAUUGCUAUGUUUGGAUUUAUGUAAGGAAUGAGGCAGAUAAGUGUAAAAGGAAGUAAAAAGAAAAAAAAAACUCCUCUCAGGUGGAUUUUGUUUGUGUGAGCAUGUGCCUAAUUCCUGAUGGCACAGAGGAAUACAAAUUGUCUUAUGUAUUUUAACGUUAUUGAAAGUAACUGACUGUAAAGGGAUAGUUUUGGUAUAUAUAUUGUUUUUACAACAUUCAGUAAUUCUUUACCUGAGUGAGACAAACUCAUGUCAUCUCUGUGUGUAUUUCUUCACAUGCAGUUGAAAUUGUUAUUGCUAGGCUAAUGAGUACAAUGUAUUAUGAUUUCAUACAUAUGCAUUCGUGGAGCAAAGUUAGGCUAAUUUGUUAUUUAUCUUUAUACUGCACACAGAUGCAUAAAAAACUUUCAUGAGUGUGUUUCACUCUGGGUAGGAAUGACAAAUUUCUCACAAAUUCAACAGUACCUUUAAACAACUUCAGAAAUGUACAUUAUGUAAAAACACCAAAAUAGAAGUUUUAAUGUUCUCAUAAAGCAAAAUGUGUAUAUAUGUAUCCAUUUGUUUGUAUUGUUUGAGAUUUAUUGUUGCAGUGUUUUGUAAUAUAGACUGGACAGCAUGCUGAUUAUGUUAAUCACUGUAAGAAAUUGCAUGUAUCAUGUUUGAUGUUUAUGCUGGACAUUAUCUUGAUGCCUUUGACUGCCAUAUGAGAUUUGCUUUGCAUGAAAUUACUGUCGAGGAAGCGUUGUUGAGAAUAUUGUUAAACAGAUAAAGAUUUCUAUUUUCGGUCACAGACAAUACCAAAAUUAUACAUUCAUUAUUUUUCAUACACUGGACUCUAUUUAUGCAAGAUGUACAAAUGGCAUUUUCUCCUGCUAUUUAUACACUGUCCACUAAAAACACAUGAUUGGAGAAGACAAGAAAGUAUUAAAUCUCAGA